GCCCACGCAUCCGGAGGUUUGAACAGCUGAAAAGACCAAGACAGCAUCAGAUCACCUCCGCGAUCGAUCUUGGAUCUUCUAGAGGCGUGCAACCCCUGAACAAACGACAACGUAGGGAAGAGGCGGGAAGCCUGCGGAGCUGUCAAGAUGCCGAAGAAAGCUAUUGACUCCCGCAUCCCGGCACUGAUCCGGAAUGGUGCUCAGGAGAAGAAACGAAGCUUCUUCGUAGUCGUCGGCGAUCGCCAGAAAGAUGUCAUCGUAAAUCUGUACCACAUCCUGCUCAACGUCGACGUCAAGCUGAACAAGUCGGUACUCUGGGCAUACAAGAACAAGCUGCUCGGGUUCUCGAGUCACCGCAAGAAACGCGAGAAGAAGAUCAAGAGCGAGAUCAAGCGCGGCAUCCGCGACAUCGACACCGAAGACCCGUUCGAGCUAUUCGUCUCGACACAGAAUAUCCGAUAUGUCUACUACAAGGAGACGGAGAAGAUUCUGGGUAACACAUACGGCAUGUGUAUCCUGCAGGACUUCGAAGCGCUUACGCCGAACCUGCUUGCGCGCACAAUCGAGACGGUCGAAGGUGGAGGAUUGGUGAUUCUGCUGUUAAAGGGCAUGAACAGCUUGAAGCAGCUCUACACAAUGUCCAUGGACAUCCACUCGCGGUACCGGACCGAAGCGCACAGCGACGUCGUCGCCCGAUUCAACGAACGAUUCCUCCUCUCCCUCGGGAAAUGCGACAGCUGCUUGGUGGUGGACGACGAGCUGAACGUGCUGCCCAUCUCCGGCGGGAAGCACGUUAGGCAGUUAGCGCCACCGGACCCAGAGCUCGAAGGCAAGACACCAAAGGCGAAGGAGUUGGAAGAGAUCAAGGAAUCGCUGGCAGACACACCGCCUGUGGGCGACCUCGUCAAGCUGGCGAAGACGGUGGAUCAAGCAAAGGCCCUCCUCACAUUCGUCGACGCGAUCGCAGAGAAGACGCUACAGAGCACCGUGACUCUGACGGCGGCGCGUGGUCGCGGAAAGUCUGCAGCGCUGGGUGUGGCGAUUGCGGCGGCGAUUGCACACGGUUACAGCAACAUCUUCAUCACAUCGCCAAGCCCCGAGAACUUGAAGACACUGUUCGAGUUCGUUUUCAAGGGCUUCGAUGCGCUGGGCUACAUGGAACAUCAGGACUACAACAUCCUGCAGUCGACACAUGCAGAGUUCAACAAGGCGAUUGUCCGCGUCAACGUGCACCGACAGCACAGGCAAACGAUCCAGUACAUUCAGCCACAGGACGCGAAUCAGCUGGGCCAGGCCGAGUUGUUGGUCAUCGAUGAAGCUGCAGCCAUUCCUCUGCCGCUGGUGCGCAAACUGAUGGGCCCUUACCUGGUGUUUAUGGCUUCGACAAUCAACGGUUACGAAGGAACAGGUCGUUCGCUCUCUCUCAAGCUCAUCAACCAGCUUCGUGAGCAAUCGAGAGGACGGAAAACCAACGGUUCAUCGACCGUAGUCGACCGAGCUACAGGGAAGGAGAGCAAGGACGGGACAGAACCAUCCAUGGCUGGCCGCUCAUUGCGCGAAAUCACACUCUCGGAACCCAUCCGAUACGCCCAAGGCGAUUCUGUAGAACGAUGGAUGAACGACCUCCUCUGCCUGGACGCUACUUUGCCACGAUCGAAGCUGGGCACUCAAGGAUGCCCACAUCCCAAUGAGUGCCAGCUGCUCCACGUCAACCGCGAUACCCUCUUCUCGUACAAUCCAGCUGCUGAGAAGUUCCUGCAGAAGAUGAUGGCUCUCUACGUCGCUAGUCACUACAAGAACACCCCCAACGAUCUCCAGCUCAUGUCAGACGCGCCCGCCCACCAACUUUUCGUUCUCACCGCACCCGCCGAGGACAACAAGCUCCCCGAGCCCCUCUGUGUCAUUCAGGUAGCACUCGAAGGCCAGAUCAGCAGAGAAAGCGUCCUCAGUAGCCUGUCCCGCGGUCAAAGAGCAGGCGGUGAUCUCAUCCCCUGGAUCGUCUCACAACAAUUCCAGGACGAGAACUUCGCUUCGCUCUCCGGUGCGCGCGUCGUCAGGAUAGCCACAAACCCAGACUACGUGAAUAUGGGCUACGGCUCGCGCGCGCUCUCCCUGCUCGUAGAUUUCUACGACGGCAAGCUCGCUUCUUUGUCCGAGUCCGCACCCAGCGAAAUCGAAACGAUGAAGCGUGUUACAGAAUCCGACCUCGAAUCCGCAACUCUCCAAACCGACACCAUCAAGGUCCGCGAGGCAUCCGAAAUGCCGCCUCUUUUCGCCCGCUUGCCUGAGCUUGCUGCCCCUAAGCUCGACUACGUGGGCGUAAGCUACGGGUUGACGAGCCAGCUGCACAAGUUCUGGAAGCGCCAGUCCUUCGUCCCCGUCUACCUGCGGCAAACACCCAACGACCUCACUGGCGAGCACACAUGCAUCAUGCUGCGCUCGCUGGAAACCACAUCCUCAGACGGCUCGUGGGUGGCAGCCUUUGCAAAGGAUUUCCAGAAACGCUUCCUCUCCCUUCUCUCCUACCAGUUCCGCUCCUUCCCCUCCGUAACAUCACUCUCCAUCGAGGAGUCCGCAUCGCACGGCGCAAACCUCGACACCGAGCUGCAAGCUACACCGAUCACAAAGGCAGAGCUGGACGCCCUGUUCAGCCCCUUUGACCUGAAGAGACUGGACUCGUACGCAAACAACAUGCUCGACUACCACGUCAUCCUUGACAUGCUUCCCUCCAUCGCCACACUCUACUUCACCGGGCGCCUCAAGUCGCAGAUCAAGAUGAGCGGUGUGCAGGUCGCGCUGCUCCUCGCUGUUGGUCUGCAGCGCAAAGAAUUUUCCGACGUGGAGAGGGAGCUCAAUCUCUCGUCUUCACAACUGAUGGCCAUGUUCGUCAAGGUCAUUCGUAAGGUGGCGACAGCAUUCCGCGGAAUCCUUGAGGGCGCUGUCAGGGAGGAGAUGCCGGAGGCUAUGGAGGUUGAGGAUGAGGGUGUUGAUGGCGAUGCUGGCGCGGAUCCGCGCUUCAAGCCGCUGGAGAAGAGUCUCGAGGAGGAGCUGCAGGAAGGCGGAGACGAGUUCCUGGCUGACCAGGAAGAGCGCGAGCGUGCUAAAGCACUUAUUGACGCUUUGCCGCUGCACAAGUACGAAAUCGGUGCCGGAGCAGACGACUGGGCGGAAGCCGAGCGCUCGGUCGCCAAAGCAUCCAAGGGCGGUCGCACUGAUAACCUGACCGUGGCUGUCAAGACGGGCGAGAAGAAGAGGAAGGCUGGCGAGGCUGUUGCGGAAGCGUACAAGGAGGCUGAGAAGGGCAAGGAGAAGAGCGAGAAGAAGCACAAGAAGGCCAAGCAGAGCAGGAAGUAAAGCGAAGCAGAGCAGGAAGUAAAGCGAAGCAGAGCAGGAAGUAAAGCGAAGCAGAGCAGGAAGUAAAGCGAAGCAGAGCAGGAAGUAAAGCGAAGCAGAGCAGGAAGUAAAGCGAAGCAGAGCAGCAAGUAAAGCGUAUGUGGACAAGAGGGGUUGUUGCAUGGGGGAAGAGACGAGGCCAGAUGCAUAGGGAGGUGUUGACGGCGUUUGGUAUCCUCGCAAAAGAG